AUGUCGUCGCAGGCUAUUGCGACGUCGUCAAGAGGUCUGCCAGAUCUCCCAUCAUGGACCGCUGCUUCGAAUCUGCAUCCGAACGACAGUGACUCCAACCACGAAGAUGAACGAGAACAAGAACACCACCACAUCAGCCCCUCCGUACCAAGCCAUGCGACGUGGGACGGACUAGACGUUCAAACACGGAACCACGCUGUGGGCAAUCUGCUCGCGGCUCUUACACCCCUCGGUCAAACCCAACCCCCGGCUCCCCAGACCGCAACUGCGCCCGUCAGAACAGACAUGGCUCCUUUGCCAGUCCCGAGUCUUGAUGGCUCUCCUGAGGCACCGGCGACGGAAAUGAACAACAUCAACCUAGAAACAGAUCCUGAGAACCUACUUCCCCCUCUCCCGCUGCAAAUACCCGAGGACUUUCUUGCUACUGGCGGGCUCCCUCCGCUACCUCCCACCCUACCGAUGGACUCUUUCACGCAACCCUUGCCGCUUCCUGUAGGACCAGAUGGUCUAUUGACGACCCAUGCGAGCGAACCUCAACCGCUGGCUGCCCCUCCAAUUCCACUAGCAGAACGAAGGGAGAUCGAAGCGUUCGCAAAGAUUGAGUUUGAGGACGGGAACUACUACAUCACCACCUAUGCCUGCGAAUUGGGCAGAGAUGCUUUUGCAUACAGGGCAGCCCUUGCGAAGGAUGAAGAAGCGCGUCAGGCCGAGCAAGACCGUGCACAGAGCUCGAGCGGCAGACGGUCAGGCCUGUCUGGAGGCAUACCACGGCCUGGCGACAGUCAAGUCCAAGGGAGUGUUGUCAGUGAAGCUGGUGGGUUCGGUGGUGUCGAUGACGGCCUGGGUAUGGAGAACGAAAAAGGAGAAGAUGGCCACCCUCUACAUUCGCACUCGUCCGAAAGGUCUGCUGGUAGUGUCGUUAAACCUCAGGAAGUUCUCUACAAUCCUCCUCUGGCUCCUUUCGACUACCACAGAAUGGCAGAACGUCAAGCUCAACUGGAGUACGGCAACGAGCAGGAACCGGAUAAUGAACAGCCAGCACCAGUGACAGCCGACCAUAUCCCGGACGCCCACAAUUGUCCGCUCAUCCCUAUUCACGCAAUGCGCAAUCACCAAAAGUCCGAGUUGGAAAACCACAAGAGUAUCUCCAGGCGGCACGUCAAGAUCCAAUGGGAUUUCGACAAAGAGCGCUUCCAGAUGAAAGUCAUGGGUAGAAAUGGUGCUUUCCUGGAUGAUGUCUACCUUCAGCGCGGUCAAACAAGACCACUUCGCGACGGCUCAAAAAUACAGAUUUCGAACGUCUGGAUGACUUUUAAACUACCCAAGCAAGAACCCGAGUCGGCGAGCGAUGGUUCAGGCCGGGAGGCAGCUGAGCAGAGCCCUUCUCGACCACGGAGCACUUCGCCAACUUCGAAUGAACAAGACAGGAGCGUUUCGCCGCCAAAGCCAGGCCGGGGCAAGACAAAGAUCAUACUGAAUACCAUCGAGAAAAGCGCACCCCCGAGUGCAGAGCCUAUUCUUGGACCUGAUGGUCAGCCUCUUCCUCCGAAAAGGCGGGGACCUGGCAGGCCGCCGAAGGACGGGAUCAUGUCGACUCGGGAAAGGAAAGAGAGGGAGAAGGCGGCCAAGCUUGCAGAAGCAAAGGCCGCAAAUGGAGGAAAGACUCCUCCACCCAUGAUGCGAGGCCCAAAACCGCCCAGACCAACUCCAAUCGAGGAAGAACCCGUGGCAGAACCCAAAGCAGAGAAGAGGAAAUACAAGAAGCGAAAGCGGAUUGGAGAAGACGGCGACAUUGUUCAGUCCAUCGAGGGAGGUGAGGUUGACGUGCCUAGCGAGCCCGAGAAAGCGCCGCCCGUCAAGAAGGCCAGGUCGAAAUCUCCAAGUCCAGACUAUCCUCCUGUCGAGAGCUUGACAGAAGAGCAGCUUGCCAGACCGUCUGAGCCCUAUGCCCGAUUGAUCUACGAUAUUUUGCUUGACAUCCACCCAAAAGCUCUUCCUUUGAAGCAGAUCUACCGGGCCUUGAAGUUGAAAUUUCCCUUCUUUGUACACAGAGUGGACUCGGAAGGAUGGCAGAGCAGUGUCCGGCACAAUUUGAACCAAGAAUGGAACAAGCUCUUCGAAAAGGGCGAGAAGGAAGGGAAAGGGUUUGCGUGGAAAGCAAUCCCUGGAGCCCUACAGCCUCAAGCUGAGAGGAGGCGAGCAGCUCAGCAAGCGGCAGCAUCCAAACCAAAACCCACACCUGCGCCCCGUCAAAAUGCGCCCCAAGGACCUCCUCAGAUGCUGAAUUGGCAGAAUAGCACACCAUAUCCCCAACAGAAUGGGAUGCCGCCUCAAGGACAUCCUCCGCCUUUCUACGGACAAGGCCCACACGGAUCCAUGCCGCCACCUUCAAAUGGAAUGCCGUGGCCGCCUCCGCCAGGAGGAAUGCCGCCGUCGGCUUCAGCAUAUCCUGCAGGUCAGAACCGCCCUUUCUAUCCACCGGCGCAAGCAGGACAGUCGCCAUUUCCACCACAGCACCCGCCUGCUCCUGCGCACUCAGGCCACCCUACAAGCCAGGGAUCUCAUCCGCCGCCAAGUACAACCACGACGCCGGCACCAGCAUCAGCCGUACCCAUUCCCACAAGCUCUUCCGCGUCUCGAAACAUGCCUUGCACCUUGGACGGUCUCAUAACUAUCAAGAAGUUCGAAAGCGCCAUGCUUGAACAGGUCCAUCCCGCUAGAAUAGAACAUUGGCAGAAGAUCUUUGCGUCUGCCACGCGAAGGUUACUCCACGGCCAUCCAGAGUCUUUGGUGCCAGGUGGCCAUACCAUCGAAGAGGAGACAAUCAUGGGGCACAUUCGGGAUUUUAUCCGGCGGUUCAAGAAUCCCAAUUUUGCAGGGUUCUCACGGACUGGCUCGCCUGCGCCCGCCGCCAGUUCAGUCAAUAUGGGCACCGCACGAAACGUUACGCCGCACACUGCAGUGCCUGCAACCACUACGCCUGGUCCUCCUCAACCUGCUCCGUCAGGGCUUGUCAAAUCAAAUCCGCAAGUCCAAGCAGCACAAAGUGGACCCUCGGCACCCUCAGCGAGCAAGGAGGUUGAGGGAACAGAGCCAUCGACAUCGACAUCGACAUCCUCGGCUGACUCUAAACCCAUCACUUAA